AUGGAAUCAGACACCCCUCCCUCCAAAUUCCACCUCAUCGGCCGUGGUGCCUGCGGGACUGUUUGGGCUGCGACAGAGGCUGGCCCAGCCUAUAAAAGAGAAGACGGUAACCCAGCGCGAUCGUUAACAAACGAUUAUGAAAUGCAUCAGCGAGUUCUCCAAAGCCAUCGAACACUCACAAAACUGAAACAAAAAUCCACUGAACACCCUCGGUAUCCUCAAAUACAAAUCCCAGCCUGCCACAGCUUUAUCCAGGCCACAGACCAAUGGUGGAUAACAAACCUGGGCAAGUUUCCUCCAGAAUAUUCACCAUGCAAUACCCUCCACUCACAGCGCAUACCUCCCUUCAACCAGUCCACCAGAGAGCUCCUGAUCCACAACUUCUGCGCAGAUGAACUCAAAUCAACAUUACUGCAGAGCAUACCCGAUCGAGACUGUUUAGUUCGGCUAUAUCUCGGUCGACACAGGACCCAUGUUCGUGAAUAUCAAACCCCGUCCCGAUUCAGGGCAUUCUCACUACGAAACUUCCCCCUACAUGCGAAUCAACUGGUAGGGCUUGGUGUUCCCACAAAUGACGUGCACAAAUAUGCCGAAACGAUGGCAGAAACACUUGCAAUGAUGCACUGGAUUGCUGGUGUAGAUGGCAAUGACGUUGAGAUCGUUCUGGCGGCCCCCAAUGACGUUGAAACCAACGACGAUCGCAUGUCUAACGUCCUUGGAGACCAUAGCAUGUGGCUGCUUGACUUUGAUCUAUGUAGGGAUAUGGCGAUGGAUGAGCAAGGAGGCGCGCAAGCGGUCAACGCCUUUUGGGGCAAUGAUCCAUAUUAUCCUCGACCAGGAAGGGACUUGGCACUAUGGAGUGCAUUCCGAACGCAGUAUCUCAAAAGCAGUGACCAGUGUCUAGAUCUUUGUGAUCAUCAAGAAGGGGUCAGGCGGCGCUUGUUACCUCGGUUGUUCAUCGAGCUACUGGAGAGGCAAGGGAUGUAG